AUGUCCUCUGCGCCCGUGCUCACUGCGCUCCACACCCUCUACCACGAUCCGGACACCGCCAGCAAGAAGCGCGCCAACGACUGGCUCCAGGAGUUCCAGCACAGCUCCGACGCCUGGCAGACCUGUCAUGAGCUCUUGACUGCCCCAGCGUCCCCUCUCGAGGGCCGUCUCUUCUCUGCCCAGACGCUCAGAGCAAAGAUCACCUACGACCUCGCCCAACUGCCCCGCGAACAGCUCCCCCCGCUCCGCGACUCUCUCAUCUCCAUCCUCUCCCCCCUCUCCCAACCCGGCGCCCCCUCCGGCUCGAAAGCAGUGCUCCUCCAGCUAUGUCUCGCGCUGUCGGAUAUGGCGCUGCAGAUGCCAGAGUGGGAUAAUGUGGUGGGGAGCAUGAUUGAUCGGUUUGGGAGUGAUCCGGCGACGGUGACGGUGUUGUUGAUGUUUUUGAAGACGCUGCCGGAGGAGACUACGAAUCCGAGGAUACCGUUGGGGCAUGAUGAAGCGAGGACGAUUUUGAGCAGGCUGGUUAGUGGCUCGGCGGGGAAGGUGUUGGAGGUGCUGGCCAUGUAUAUCGAUGCGGAAGGCGUUACUAUUCCUAUCCAAACGGCAGUGUUUGAAGCACUUGGAUCCUGGCUUCAAGCCGGCGAAGUCACCGCCGGCCAAGUCGCUUCCACCUCCCUCUUCUCCGCCGCCUUCAAAUCCCUCGCCUCCGACCAACUCUUCGACCCCGCCGUGGACCUCAUCUGCGACUUUAUCCACGAAACGCAAGAAGUGCAGGAAAAUAUGGCGGAAGUGUACCAAGUCUUGCCUCGGGUUAUCGCCCUGCGGCCAAAGAUUGAAAAGUACAAGGAAGAUCCGGAUAGGGUGCGGGGGUAUUGUCGGAUUUUGUGUGAGGCCGGAGAGUGUUACACAAACUUGAUUGUGCAGCACCCGGCGGAUCUGUUGCCGCUGGUGCAGGGUAUUGCAGAGUGCGCGGCGUACCCGGAUUUGGAGAUUGUUCCAAUCACAUUCUUCUUCUGGUACAACCUCGCCGAAGCGCUGGAGCGACAGGGGCAAGAGUUCCGACAGAAUCCGGCGUUGGCGCCGAUCCUCGACAUCUUUGCUUCGCUCCAGACAAUCAUCAUCGGUCACCUCCAUUUCCCCGCCGACGAUGAAGAGCAGACGGCGCAGGAGAAGGACGAGUUUAGGACGUUCCGUCAUAGGAUGGGCGAUACCCUCAAAGACUGCUGUUCCGUCCUCGGCGCUCCUACAUGUCUCAAAAAGUCAUACGACCUCAUCGUCUCCGCCAUGUCCCAGCCUUCCCCUUCUUGGCAAGAGAUCGAAGCGCCUCUCUUCUCCAUGCGGUCCAUGGGCGCGAGCGUGGAUCCGAACGACGACGAAGUCCUCCCGCACAUCAUGGCCCUCUUACCGAAACUGCCCGAACAUCCCAAAAUCCGAUACGCCGCCAUCCUCGUCAUCUCCCGCUACUCCCAAUGGCUCAACCGGCACCCGGACAACCUGUCCUUCCAGCUCGGCUACGUCUCUGCCGGGUUUGAGCUCGCAGACGAACAAGUCUCGGCCGCCGCGGCGCACGCGAUGAAAUUUAUAUGCCAGGACUGUACGGGCCAUCUUGUGCCUUUUUUGGGGCAGUUGCAUGGGUUUGUGACGAGUGUGGGGGAUAGGCUGGAUCAGUCGGAUAUGUUGGAUGUGUGUGAGGCUAUAGGGUAUGUGAUUGAGGGGAUGCCGGCGGAUGAUGGGGCGCAGGCUUUACAGCAGUUCUGUGAGCCUCUUAUCCAGUUUAUCCAGCCUUUCGCCUCUUCGGAUACGCCGGCGUCGGAGCAAGAGCUGGAGAAGGUGGCGGACGCGUUGGAGCAGAUGGACGCUUACCUGUCGGUGGUCAAGACGCUGCACCCUGUGCCGGAGAGCUGUUACCCGACGUGUGCCGCGGUGUAUGGGAUUCUGGACGGGCUGUUGGCGCGGUACAGCAAGGUGUACCACAUCUCUGAGAAGGUCGGCUCGCUCCUCCGGCGGGGGCUUACAUUCUUCCCGCUCCCCGCGCUCGAACCCGUCGUGCCGUUGCUACUGGAACGGCUGGCGACAUGUUUCGCCGAGACGGGGUACGCUUCGUAUCUCUGGAUCACGGGCAAGGUGGCAGACAAGUUUGGGGAGGCUGCGAGUGGGCCUGGAGGCGGACAGUUGGCGGGGUUGUUGAUGAGGAGUUUUGAGAGUGUGACGAGGGGGUUGGGCGAGUUGUUGCAGAGGAAGGUGGCUGUUGAGAUUCCUGACGUGAUGGACGACUAUGUCCACCUUCUUUACGCCUACUUGUCCCGUCUCCCAACACUCAUCAUCCCCAACCCCGCGCUGCCUCUCGCCUUCUCCCACACCCUCCAAGCACUCACCUGCCCCUCCACAAUAAUCACCCUCGUCUCCCUCGACGUCCUCUCCCUCCUCACCAACCUCCUCUCCCCCUCCUCCUCUCCCGACCCCACCGUCACAGCCCCGGUGCUGGAACCGCUUUUCGCGCAGUAUGGGCGCGUGCUGACGGGGCUGGUGGUGAAGGGCUUGGUGGGCGAGUUCCCGGAGGAUGCGGUGGAGCAGGUGGAAGAUGUGCUUGUGGGGCUUGGGGUGGGACUGCCCGGGGCGGGCGCGGGGGGGGUGGUGGUUGGUUGGAUAGGGGAGGGGGUGGGGGAGGUUGGGGGGCAUCUUGUGCCGGCGGUGGAUAAGCAGGCGUUUGUGGCUCAGAUAUCGGCAGCGAUUGAAGAGCGUUCACCGCAAAAGAUAAAGUACGCUGUUCAAGCGCUUGUGCGGGCGGCGAGGAGGACAAGGGAGAGAGGAAGACAGAGUCGGAAGAGUCUUGGUGCCAAGGUUUAG